CAUGGACGAAGGAUAGGUGAUCACUCUAUACGCUUGGCCUGUAGUAAACAUAAAUGGCUGUUGAAUUGGAUGUAUGACAUGUGUUAGAAAUGACAGUCAGCAUGUUAAUUGCCUGGGUGAUUACCCCCCUCAACAGCAAGAUUAGCUAUUGCCCUCAGCUCUUGGAGGUAGGCCUAACUCAGGUGGACCUAAGAUGAUGAUCACUUUUUUUUAAGGAUGAUGCCAAUGAAGAGAUGAUCAAAAGUUUCAAUUCUGAGAAGAGAAAUGGCCCUGGGAAGGUCAGUGGUCUUAUACGUGAUGGAGUUCAAGUGCUUCAAAGUGGAGCCAGUGACCUUGAAACAGCAUGCUGCACAUAUGCAUUCAUCUAUGUUGCUAUCAGGACUGGAAUUUUAAUAUCCAUAUAUUACAGCUUCUCUAUUGGUCUCACUUUCUACCAGAAAUGGCUCAUUAAGCGAAUUGUCCUGUUGGUUGUGGUUGUUUUGAUCUCUGGAGGGCUUUUCCUCUUCACGUUUGAGUCAACACAAUUCAGCAUGGAGGGCUUUCUAAUGGCUCUUUUUGCAUCCCUCACCAGUGGUGUCCGGUGGUCUUAUGCUCAGAUGGUGAUGCAAAAGGAGAGUCUUGGCCUUGGCAAUCCUCUAGACAUGGUCUUCCAUAUCCAGCCAUGGAUGAUUCUAUGUCUUUUGCCCUUUGCCAUCACCUUUGAAGGUAUGCCUCUGGCCUUCAGUCCCCAGGGGUUCUCAUAUGGGAACAUGGUAGAUGCAUGGCACACCUUUUGGACUGUCCUAAUUGGAGCAGUGAUUGCAUUUAUGAUGGAAAUCUCUGAGUUCCUGGUAGUAUCCUACACAUCUGGAUUAUCUCUAUCAGUGGCUGGCAUAUUCAAGGAGAUCGUGACCUUGGCAUUAGCUGUGGUCUUUAAUGAUAAUGAAUUGAAUCUUCUGAAUUUCAUGGGCCUAGUCAUUUGCCUCCUUGGAAUCAUCCUCCAUGUGAUAAUGAAGGCCAUAUCAGGUACUGGCUCCAAGGAACAUCCUCCUGCUGAAACACUGGAAAUUCCCCUCCUGCAUGCUUUCUCAGAAGAUGAGGAAGACAACCUCCUCUUCCAACGCUCUCAACAUCGUUGAUACUCAUCCAUUCCUGCUAAUUCCUUCAUUUUCUUUGCACCCUGCUUCAGGUGUGAGACCACUAGCUUGCCAAAGACUUGAUCAUGUAUCUCCACCCUUGAGAUGUGUUUGAUGAAAUUAGUAGGGAAACAAGGUGUGAAUGUUGCCAGCUGUGAUGCUCAUGUCUUCCCUGCUAUAUUUGUUGGUUGAAAUGAGGUGGCUUUGUUGAAUAUUUAUUGCUGAGAUUGUUGUCACAAGUAUAUCAUGGUGUGAACAGUGUCAUUAUGUUCCUCACAUAGGUAUCCCAAAGUUGUUCCUAUGUUCUUGUUCCAACAUUCCUCUGCCUAAGCCUAUUGGUGAUCACCAAUGAAUACUAAAUAAUUUUCUGCUCAUCAUAGGUCCUCAGGACCUCCCAUCAGUCGAGAAUGAGUCUUUCCAAAGUUUAUUUGCUGAACAUUUACUCUGUGGUUGUGCAAAUAGGGAAUAUGAAGAAGGCUCUCCACAGGAUAUUCUGAGGCUAUUGAGCAUAUUGAGCAAAUUGGAACUAUGGGAUUAUUGUGCAUUCCCUUAUCAGGAUAAUAUACAGUUGUUUGCUGG